GGACUGUGGGGCGUAAUCCCGGGAGCAAAUCGGAGACAGACUGCGAGGCGUGCGAGCCCGGGGUCACCUGCCAAGUGCAAAAUGGGGUGUUAGUCCAGCAGCCAUGUCCUGCAGGUCAUUACUGCCCUGCAGGAUCUGUGACGGCUCAGAGGUGUCCCCUUAGCACUUAUAGAGGAUAUACAGGGGGGAGCUCUGUUGACGAUUGCUUCCCCUGUCCUGCUGGCUACUUCUGCUCUGGAACGGGUCUCCUUACACCCUCAGGUGCCUGUCAGGCAGGUUACAUUUGCUUGGGGGGCGCAACGACACCUCGGCCUGAAGACGGUAAAACGGGCUUUGCAUGCAGUUUAGGUGGCUAUUGCCCAGCAGGUGGCUUGCAGAAGCAGCCUUGUUUAGGGGGUACAUACAACCCAGAUAAGAUAGGGCAUGGUCCAGCUGACUGUGUCUCCUGUCCCCCUGGCUACUACUGUGAGGGCAGCACUAGCACAGCCCCCACGGGGUUGUGUGAAGCGGGGUAUAUUUGCCCUGGGGGCGCCAGCAACCCCAGACAGCAGAGGGCCCCCAAAGGGCAUUUCGCUGCUGAAGGGGCUGCUAAGGCCACCCCUUGUCCUAAGGGCUCAUUCAAUCCCAACGAGGCACAAGCAGAGUGCACGCUCUGUUUAGCCGGCUUCUACUGCCCUCAAGAAGGAUCGGAGACACUUGUGGAAUGCCCUGCGGGCUCUUAUUGCGAGGAGGGUUCGGUGACCCCCACUCCAUGCCCCGAAGGGACUCUUAGCUCAAGCCCCAUGCAGCCUUCUAUAGACAGCUGCAGGCCCUGUCCCCCAGGAUACUACUGCUUCGGCAAAGGUAACCAGCUGGUCUCCGGCAGCUGCGAUGAGGGCUACUUCUGCGCACGAGGAGCAUCUGUACCAAGACCCGAGAAGGCGCCUGACAACACCGCAGGGCCUUGCCCAAGAGGCACCUACUGUACCAGAGGACUGGAGCGGCCCCACUUGUGCGAGUCGGGGACCUACGGGGCCACCGACCGACUGGUGAUGAACUACCAAUGCACAAAGUGUACAGAGGGUUCUUUUUGCUCUAGGAUGGGGUUGAAGGAGCCCGAGGGCCGCUGUGCCCCCGGCUAUCUUUGCCCCGCAGGCAGCCGCACACCCUACGCUGUUCCAUGCAAAGCGGGGAACUACUGUCCAGCUGGCGCUACUGGGGAGAUCGCUUGUCCUGCUGGGAGCUUUAACUGGGUCUCCGGCGCUGCGGAGUGCCUGCCUUGCCCCGCGGGUUUCUCUUGCGGCAUUCGUACAGCCAACUAUGCAUCCCAUCUCUGUCCCCAGGGCCACUACUGCCCCGCCAGCUCGGACUCUGCUGCUCCGCCUCAGUGUCCCUCGGGGACCUUUGCGGCUGGCCAGGGCCUCAAGAGUCCCUAUCAGUGCCAGCCCUGUCCCCUCGGCAAGGUAUGCGGCGACCCGGGCCUUACAAGUGCAGACACUGUCUGUCCUGCUGGUUAUUACUGCCCCCCAGGAGAUCAGGCCAACCAAGCGGCUACAGCUGUCCUCAUCUGUCCCGCUGGAAACUACUGCCCCGAGGGAUCUGUCUCUCCUAUCCCAUGUCCUGCAGGCAAACUCUGCACAGCUGACGGCCUCGAAGAGCCUGACAUGACCUGCCCUGGGGGCGUGUUGUGCGCGGAAGGGUGCUCUUCCCUGGAAGAGGCAACUCCUUGCCCUCUUGGCUUUGUUUGCGAGGAGGGGUCCCUGGACCCUGUCCCCUGUCCCCGAGGCACCUACGGCUCCCAGGCUGGGUUUGUAUCUUCCGUACAGUGUAGACCCUGUACAGGCGGCUACUACUGCGACGGCAGCACCUCGGGACAGAUAACUGGGAGUUGUGUUGCGGGUUUCUACUGCCCCGAGGGAUCGACAUCUCCCUGGGCAAAGCUAUGCCCCAAGGGGAAGGUGUGCCCUGCGGGAUCCGCCUCCCCUGGAGACUGCCCUGUAGGCUACUCCACCUUUGCUGAGGGCUCCUCGACUUGCUCCCGCUGCACUGCAGGCACACAGUGCAAAGACGGAAAUGUCUCCUCCUGUGCCAAAGGCCACUACUGCGACGGGAAGAACGACGCUCAGCUCUGCCCUGCCGGCACUUACAUGCCCUUUGAUGGGGCCACCAGCGCGGACGCCUGUCUCCCUUGUCCCGAGGGCUACGCCUGUCCCACCGCUGGCUCGGAUACCCCCACUGCAUGCGCUGAAGGCUACUACUGCAUUUCGCAGUCUGUCUCUCCGACUCCCGCCAGCUCCCUCCUUCUGGAUAAGGUGUUAGCAGCUGCUGAGGGGGCCUCAGGUGCCCCCACAACAGGCGGAGGACCCUGCCCUGCCGGCACCUAUUGCCCACCCAGCGCUCGCUUCGCUAGGCCCUGUCCCCCUGGCAUGUACUGCGGGAGGUCCCUUCUGACGGAGCCCCAGGGCGCCUGUGCAGCAGGCAGCUUCUGCGGAAAUGCUGCCGUCACAGACAGCCCCUCGGGCCCCACACACAUUUGCCCCUCCAAGACUGUGGGAGGACUGUGCCCUUCAGGUGCGUCAGACAACCCAGGAGACAGACUGAGAAGCGGGUUGUCUCCUGCUGAGAGGCCGUCGGGUGUAUACGAUUGUGAUGCAGCUACUAGACACGUGCUAUGCGUCAGCUGUCUCCGUGUAUUGCGGUGUAUGCGGUCUUUAGGCUCCUAUUGCCCUGCCGGCGCCUCAGUGCCCAUCGCCUGCCCCAGCGAGGGCUCUAAGGAUAUCGCUGAAGAACUGUGCCCAGCAGGCGCGCGCUGCGGGAGUGGGGAGGGGGAGCCUCAAACUUGUCCGGCUGGGAACUACCAAAUAGACGGGGGCAGCGGGAGCUGCAUCAGCUGCCCCGCCGGCUUUUAUUGUUCAGAGGCCUCAGCAACUCCUACGGUUUGCCCUAAGGGCCGCUUCUGUCCCUUAGGGGUCUCUGAACCCCAGCCCUGUCCCGUGGGCACCUAUAGAAACGCCACUGGAGGUGUCUCCGUGGGAGACUGUUUCCCCUGUCCCCCUGGGAAGUACUGCGCUCACGAGGGCACCAGCGACGACGUGCAGCUGUGUCCCGCAGGGUAUUACUGCAGUCUUGGGGCCGGCACCUUAAGCAACUCAAGGCGCGAUGGCUCCACCGAAGAAGAGCCCUCCGCAAGCUCACGAAGAGAAGACACAGAAAAUGAGGACCCUUGCGGCGGUGUUCUCCCUUGUAUUUAUGCGCGAGUGUGCCCCCCAAAUAGCUACUGCCCAGAGGGCCACUGGUCCCCCAUUCAUUGCCCCAGCGGCACUGGGCACACGCGGAAAGGCGCGAGCUCAGAGUCAGAGUGCCUCAAGUGUGCAGCUGGGGUGUACUGCGGGAGUUCAGGUAACAAAGCUCCCUGCGACGCUGGUUUUAUAUGUUAUGGGGCGGCGUUAACGGCGAGGCCUUCUGACGGUACAACAGGAGACAUGUGCCCCAAGGGACACUUCUGUCCCCAAGGCACUACCAACAGCAGAGUCUGCCCCAUCGGCACGUACGGGCCCACGAAGGGGCUCACAGACACCUGCAUCCCGUGCCCUGCAGGCGUCCAGUGCAACCAGGACGGCCUAGAGGCCCCAUCAAAAGACUGGUGCCCAGUAGGGAACUACUGUCCAGAGGGCGCCAUCAGCCCGCGGCCGUGCCCAGUAGGGAGCUACAAUGGCGAGCAAGGGCAGACGAGCGAACGCGGCUGUCUGGCUUGCCCUCCAGGAAAGUACUGCGAGACAACUGGCCUCCACGAGCCCACUGGGGAAUGCGCAGAGGGCACGUGGUGUAUAUCCGGCUCCCAGAUACGCGACUCGUCGCUGGCGUACCUGCCCAGCGCCGUCGUGCAGUGCCCUGCGGGUUAUACUUGUGCAGCAGGAGCUAUCGUCCCAGAGCCCUGCCAAUUAGGCUACUACAAAGAUAAGCAAGGGGCUUCUGCUUGUUUGAAGUGCCCAGCAGGGGUUUACUGCGCACACGAGGCUGUCACGACGGCCUCAGCGGACGGGCCUUGCUUUGCAGGGUUUUAUUGUUUAGAAGGCUCUGACACACCAACACCCAAAGACAAUGUUAAGGGCGCAAUCUGUCCUAAGCACAAAUACUGCCCAGCAGGCUCCUCCACUCCGCUGGAGUGCCCUGCGGGCACAUAUAAUCUAUCUGAAGGGAUGGAGAAAUGCCCUGAUUGCACUGCUGGCUUUAUAUGUAAAAACCAGCAGCAAACUGCUUGCCCUAUAGGGGGGUACUGCCCCUCUGGGCAGUCGGAGGAGACACGGUGUGCCCCUGGGACAGUGGGUCUCUCAGAGGGCCUCAGCUCGCAAGAGCAGUGCGCAGAGUGCCCAGCAGGAAAAAUAUGCAAAGACGGAAACGCAAGUGAAGACUGUCCUGCAGGCACCCUGUGUCUGGGCGGUGCGGCGCCUGGGGUGACAGUCUCCUCGAUCGACUAUGAGCAGCAGGGCGGGAGCUUCUGGAGUGGCGUCCAAAUACAACUUGCAGGGCCCUGUCCAUUUGGUAUGUAUUGCCCAGCGGGAGCAAAGGUGCCGUCCCGGUGUCCCAACGGCUGGGCCACCCUUGCUGAGGGGGCGACGUCGGACGCCGAAUGCGUCGAGUGUCCAACCGGCUACAUUUGCAGCUCUUUGACAGUGGGACACUUCUGCCCCGUUGGGGGGAUGGAGAUAUACACCAACAGCGUGUGCCCAUGGGGGCACUACUGCUUGGAAGGCAGUGCGGAGCCCACGGCCUGUCUUCCUGGGACGUUCAACGACCGGGUGGGCACAAAGUCCGCUGAAGAGUGCAGGCCGUGUCCUCAAGGCUUCUCGUGUCCUGGAGAGACGGCGGCAAACCGCUCAUUUGCAGAAAAAGCGCUGGUGGAAGGUAUUGAAUGGGCGAUACUGCUGCAGCGGGAAAAUGCAAGCUAUAGGAAAGCCUGUGUGGCGAAGGCGUAUUGCCCGGAGGGGUCUACAGAGCCCAUACCCUGCCCGCGGAAUUUCUACUGCCCAGGAGAGACUGUUGAACCGAUUGCGUGUCCUGCCAACCACUACUGCCCCGAAGAGACAGACACUCCGCUGUCGUGCCCAAAGGGGUAUUUCUGCCCUGGAGGCAAGGAGGAACCCUUCACGUGUCCACCCGGUAGUCGGGCCACCUCGGCUUGCGAGGGAGCGUUCACUGCCGAGGAAUGCUGCGAGCUGUGCCCGCCGGGGACCUACUCUGACGCAGAGGCAUCGUUUGUCUGCAGUCCUUGUAGCCCAGGCUACAUAUGCACAGAGUUCGGUAUUGUGAUCUGCUCGAACAGCCUGUCUUGUGGGGCCGCUACAGAGGGAUCGACAACUCCUACUCCGUCAGAAAGCGACGGCGGCGGCUACAUCUGUCCAGCUGGAUACUACUGUCCUUCGGGAGCCGUCACGCCUCAUCCCUGCUCACCGGGAACGUAUAGAGAAGAUCCGGGCGGCAAAAGUGCCUCUGAUUGCUUGCAGUGUCCUUUUGGCACCUACCAGCGCUUCGUUGCAAUGACCUCGUGUGACACGUGCGGCCCGAAUUCCGUGGAAGAACGGCAGUUGGGGGCGUACACGUGCACGUGUUUAGGCGAAAAUCGCGUGUACCAAUACGGAGACAAGACGUGUCCCUGCCAGAGCCGAUACGUGAGCUACGAUCACCACCUAGAAGUGUCGGAGUUGGAAGACGGGACGCUGAAAUGUCAGCCAGUGACGUUCAAGCGCUGUGAACCCCUCGAAUACAGGGACUACCUGGGCCGUUGUGUGGCUUCAGCGGACUGCACGGAGGCCUGCGGCCCUGAGGGCGGCAACUUCCUGAACACUGUCGGCCUCUGUGAGUGCGCCAAAGCUAUUGCAGAAACAGCGCAGUGCGACGGCAACUGCAAGCAAGCUCUGCCCACCGUAGUCCUGGAAGGAGAUCAAAUUGCCCUGAGGGAAUCCGAGACAGGAGCAACGACUAUCUUGCAGCACCCAGAUAUAGACCUCUCUGAAGCCUCUAUGUACUGCUCGAUGUUCAGAGAAAUGUUUGCUGGUAUUUCGAUCCCCUGCAAAAUCCACUUCCAACGGGCUGAUAAAUCGGGGCUGCACGGGCUGUACGUACCUCCAAGCUCACUUUGGUCCCCGUCGCGGAGCUGGCGCAGUGGGAAGCAAACUCGCCGCCCGCUUGCUUGGGCUCGCCGCAGCUCGUGGAAGACGAACGGCACUACACUAGGAAUUGCAUCAGAACAGGAUGGAUUUGCCUUUGGGGAUUCAGAGAUGCAUCAGCAGCCACGUCGUGCAGGCAAACAGUUCCGAGACAGCGCCAGACAGCCGUCCUUGUCGGAGCUUCAGUCCAUGAUUGUCGACAAUUCGGUAAUCUGCGUCGUUCAGGGCUCCUCAAUUGUAUGGGAGCUGAAAGACGGUGUUUACCCCAUAUACAUAAAGGACUCUCUUCUGACCACAGGCACUACCUUCGACAGCACUGGCUUUAGGGCACUCAAGAAGCAAGUGGAGAAUGGGAGAAGUCCCAAUUUCUUUAUUCAUACGUUUGAAACUGAAGGGACAUUCGUAUUUGCUUCAUCUAAGCACAACUCGAAAGUGUCGCUCGUGCGAGUUAUGCCCCCAGGCAUGGGCUGCCCGGGAGACACUGGAUAUCCUACUCCCAUCCGUCUGCGCCCUUUGAGUCUCCUGGCCAUAUCUCUCCUGACCAGCAGCAUCCUCCUCGACCCAGACUGGACCCUUCUUGUGGGACUGCUGGUAGCAUUGGUGUUGGUUGUGGUGAUCCUACUCGGCAUAGCCGUACGCUUCGUCCGCCACCGCUGGGCCACUGCUCGGGCGCCAUCCACUUUGGAGUCUGCUCUUUGCCUUAGAGGCAGUGAUACGCUGGCCGUCAGAAGCCACAAAGAGACCCACCGUGCAGCGGUAGCUCUCUAUUCCCGCUACAUGAGGCCAACCGGCUCGACACGCAUCUUCCACUACAGAAUACGAGACGAUCUGCUUGACAGCACAGAACAAGAGCAGUACGACCCCGUUGCCGAUGUGAAACCUGCGCUUGACCGGCUGCACGUUGAAAUCGACAUCCAGGACCUCCGUGUCGUGCAAGUAGGGACAGCUCAGCAGCAAAUUCUCCGCAUCAAUCUGCCUUUUUUCCUGUUAAGCAAUAUCCUGGCAACCCUUGAGAAGCUGUGCGACAUGCGGGCGGCUGUCACGCAUCUGCUAGACCAGGAAAUGCAGCGCGAAAAGGACACUUGUGCGGAGGCAACUCAGUUGGUUGGGAAGAUGCUUACUUCGUUGCAAGAGAGGGUUGAUUCGUCGCAGCUGAGCGGCAACGUGUCAAUCAACAGUCGGCACGUCACUGCGCUGCUGCGGUGCAUCUUGGCGGCUCUCCAAGGCCCUGAAAAGCGCCAAGAAGCUGAGCAGAAGCUCAAGGAACUCGAUAGCGAACUCCAGUCCAGGCAAGAUCAAGAACAGCCCAUUCUCAAGCGAGGAAACGCGGUCAACAAGGAGGCCGAAAUAUUGAGGGCGUGCGUCGCAAAGGCAGGCCCUUCUGUCUAUGAUUCCCUUGAUGUAGCCAUCAGGAAUGCAAAGGAAAAUAAGGAGUCGGUGGAAGACAUUAAAGAGGUCACCGACCAGUUUGCCUCGAAGGCAACCGCAGACCCUGACGGCCAACGGCACUUCAUGUUAGCAUCGGUUUACGACUUGCUACUCAAACGAGAGUCGAAGCAGACCGCUGCCCGGUUCAAAAGCCUCUCAUAUUUGCACAGACACGUGGACCUGGCUGAACGUAGAAUGAAGGAAAAGAUUGACGCCUUCAUUGCCCUUUGCACGAUGUCCAGACAAGAAAUGCUGGCUCUUCAAGUCUCGCAAAAUACUUCCAUCCUAGAGUGGCAGCAAAACAGGGUCAUCGAGAGGGCUAGGGAAGAUGAUCGAGUCUUAAGCGAAAUAUCAGUUCCUCUGAACCGAGUGUUUCAAGAGGUGCUAGCAGAACUGAUGGUGGCGCGCGACGACGAAAUUCCUUCCCUGGUGAAUAACCUCACCGGCUCGAUUGGGUCAAUAAUCCAGCAGAAGUGCGCCAAGUCGGUUGGCAACUGGACUCAGUCCUCUUACACACGCAAUGCAGCGAAGCAGCUGAAAGAGCUGAAGCAGAAGCAAGAGGCCGAAAUUAUUGCGAAGGCCGAAGCACAGAGUGAACUACUGCACACUUCCCUGAAAACUGCCCACGACGCGAUUGCGAGGCAUUCCCAUGUGUUGGCGGAGCGUGAAAGGUCAGCUCUGGCAAAACUCCACAAGGCUUUUAAAAAGGAAAUUCGGUCCCUUUAUGCAGCUGCAGUUGCAAAAGCGACCGCAGCAGCUGAUGCUCACGCUGAGGCCUUAAGCUUGGCGCGAAAGUGCAAAGGCAGCUCAGGAGGAGCCGUUGUGAAAAUGGUAACAGCAUGUCUCACUGAGUCCGCGGAAGCAGACGCCCCACAAACGCUUUUGGCCUUGGACCCAGACCGCAUUGAGGAAAUGAAGAAGAGUGCACUGGAUGCUGUGGCAGCCGCCUUCGCUAGGCGUGAAGAGCUGCAAAAGCAGUGCGAGGAAACCAGGCUCGCACACUUGGAACAACGCCAUCAAGCCCUGCAGAAGUACAUCGCCGACUCGUCUCGGCUGGCUGUAAGACCACCGCACCCGGCGAUUGUUAACCUUUUAAGGACCUGGCAGCAUCUAGAUGUCUAUUCCGGGCCUGAAGUUGGUGUUUGCCUGCACGCCCGAUGCUAA